AUGCACGAGCCUACUAACACAAAAGAUGACGAACCUCGUGUUGACACGGUUGAGUCGCCCAUUCGGAAGGGCCAUGACAAACAGGAUGCACAAGCACAUGGCACCGUCCAAUUACUUCAAGGAGGAUCUGUUGUGUUGAUUCCGACUCCGAGUCCAGAUCCUAAAGACCCUCUGAAUCUCCCGACAUGGCACAAAUACCUCAUCAUCUUUGUCGUCGGCUCAUACUCAGCCAUCGCCGUCCUGGUGACUUCAGGACUAGGCGCCGUAUUCCCCUCUGUCCUUAAAGAAUACCCACCGGAAGAAGCAACCCGCGCAACGGACCUCCUCACCUACCCAACACUAUUCAUGGGCAUCGGCAACCUCUUCUCGAUGCCCCUCUGCGUGACCGUCGGCCGGCGCCCGGUGUUUCUCGCCUCGCUCGUCCUGAUGGUCAUAUCCGGCCUCUGGUGCGCCUUCUCCGGCUCUCUGAGCAGCCACAUCGCCGGGCGCAACUUUUACAGCAUUGCUGCCGGCCAGAGCGAGGCGUUGGCGCCCUUCAUCAUCGAGGAGAUCCACUUCCUCCACGAAAGGAGCGCGAAGUUGUCGUGGUUCAUCGGCGUGCAGACCGUGGGCACCGCCGGCAUGUUCGUCGCCACGGCGUACAUCGUCCCGGCUUGGGGGAUCAAGUGGUGGUACAUCAUCGUCACGCUCAUCAACGUCGUCAUCCUCGGCUUGGCGUUCUUCUUCGCCGUGGAGACCAAGUAUGAUAGACCCAAAGAUGCCGAUCGGGGCGCUGUUCAUCUGAAGCUGGAUGACGACGGCAACGUGGCCAAACAGGGCGACACCGAGAUGGUCUUCCAGGUCACGACCCGCGAGAACCACGUUCUUCAGCCGGAGGUGUUUGGCGAGCGCACUUGGCGGUCGGAUCUGCGGAUCUUCCACUUCAAGCCGGAGUGGAGGCAGACGCUCGUUUUCUACAGAGAGACCUUUCAGUCGCUUUGCCUGCCCAACAUCGUCUGGAUGCUGCUUAUCAACGGAACGUUUCUGGGCAUCUACAUCUACCAAGCGUCGACUUUCGCCACGAUUCUCAUGUCACCGCCGUAUUCUUUCCAGUCGGAGUGGUUGGGAUAUGUUCAACUAGUCCAGGUGCUAGACUGUGUCAUCAUGGUUCCCCUCCUCGGCUACGGCUCUGAUAUGCUGGCUCGGACGAAGAGUACAUUGAAGAACGGCGUUUUCCAGCCCGAAUACCGACUGAUCAUCCUCAGCAUCCCCAUCGUCUCGGCCAUCGUGGCAUGCGUCUUCUACGGCCAGGCCGGCGCAUUCCCCGAGCGAUGGCACUGGAUGACGAUCGUAGCGCCUUACCACGUGGGCUACUUUGCCUUCCUGGGAGCCAACCUGAUCGGCAUCACCUACGCCAUCGACAGCUUCCCGAGUAAAGCAGGUCCCCUUCUGCUGGUCAUCUGUGCUGGCCGCGGCUUCAUCUCGUUCGGACUGAGCUAUUCCACCGUGCCAUUGAUCAAUCUGACCGGGUACAAUGGAGCGAUGAACAUCUUUGCGAUUAUAUCGGGUGUGCUGGGUGCCAUCACGAUUCCGGUGUACUUUUUCGGAAGCCGGAUCAGGAUGUGGGCGACUAGAAAGUUGUGGCCUGAGAUUGCUCAGUGA